UGACUUUUGAAAUGGGAAAGACUCCAAUUCGUCCUACUAAAAAGAAGGCCACUCAAGCCGAGCCGGCUAAGAAGCGUAAAGCGGGCGAAUCAUCCUCACGACAUGCUCCUUCGGACGAUGACCUUUUGGAUCAAUACGGAGCUCUUUUCCCCAUUUAUUCUCGGAAGGAAGGAGAGACUUACUCCCGUCUCUCGCAAAAAGAGGUGGUGCGACUGAAAGCGGUUGAUUGGAAACUCUUGAAUGACUUAGGCAUUCUCGAGGACGUAAUGAAAUACCUCAAAGUACUCAACCUAACCGACUCGUCGAACCAAGAUGACAAGCUAGACAAGAUCCUUCAGUUCAUCACCAACCAGGACUCAUCUAUUAAGCGUCUCAAGACGCAAGUGGGUCAGCUUGCCACAAGAGUCAGGAACAUGGAGGCUGAGUCAGACAAGGGGAAACUUCCGAGCCAGCCCGAGCAAGCAAAGGCGAUCACUGUGUUGAGGAGCGGAAAGGAAGUGGACAACAAGGUGAGAAUGCCCGAGCCUGACGGCCCCAAACCAUCCGACCAGCCCAAAGAAACCGAGGAGAGUACGAAGAGCACAGAAAAUGACUCGGGAAAACCAACAGAGAGUCCUUUGCUUCACAAGUCUCCAAAUCCUUACAAGCCACACAUUCCUUUUCUGAGUAGACUCCGACACGAGAAGCAAGAGCAACAGUUUAGAGAUCUCUACAACAUGCUCUCAAAGGUCAAUGUCAACUUACCUCUCCUGGACGUGAUCAAGAACAUGCCUUCUUACGUGAAGUUCUUCAAGGAUUUGGUCACGAAGAAGAGGAAAUUUGGAGAUGGGGAGAAAGUGGUGGUUUAUGAGGCGGCGAGUGCCAUGCAGCAUGAUCUCCCAAAGAAAGAACGGGACCCCGGGGGUUUCGUGAUAAGAAUUGCUCUCGGGAACAGAAAAGAGGCUUCGGGGAUGCUUGACCUCGGAGCGGGAAUUAACCUCAUGCCAUUCUCUAUCUUCCAGAGGCUCGGUCUCGGAGACUUGAGACCCACCAGGAUGUGCUUACAGCUGGCCGACCGUUCGAUUCGAUACCCUAAAGGGGUGGUGGAAGAUGUCCUUGUUCGUAUAGGGAGACUUAUUGUCCCGGUGGACUUCGUGGUUCUAGACGUGGGGGACGUUCAGGAGAAUGGGAAGGAUCGCACCAUCCUUCUUGGUAGACCGUUUAUGGCAACCACCAACACCCUUAUUGACGUGAGGAACGGGACCUUGAACAUGACUGUCUUAGGCGAAUCCGUAUCUAUCUCAGUCCGAGAAGCAACCUCAGCACCUUCGGUUAACUUCGUGGAGGAGUGUGCAUUUGUUGACGUAAGCGAUCC